GACGGGGAGCUCCGGUGGAGAGCAGGCGCUGGCGGCUGCUGGAGCGGAGUUGGAGGAAGCUGGGGGCUGCGAGCAGGGCAGCGGGAGAGCGGCGGCCGCAGGAGAAGGAGGAGGGAGACACCGCCACGGAGAAGGGCAGCGAAGUGGCGGCUGCAGAGGCGGCGGGGCUACAGCCCGCGCAUCCGUCCCGGGGGUGUCUGCGGGAGCGCGGAGGCCGCGCGAGCGGCGGAGCCAGGCUGCGGGGAAGGUAAAGCAUGUGUGCAAGGUACAGCUGUAAGAUCUUAAGGCUGAUGGACAGUCAGUGGCAAGAGCAUCACAACAGCAGAUGGCAUUUGACUGUGCAGUUCAACUGAGUGUUUGAAGCCCAGAGAAUUGAGAAAAGGAGCCCAUCUGAAGGGAGGAAGUGGCAAACAUUCUCCUGCCACGCCAUUGAUGGAGGACACAUGGGCAGUAGAAUGGCAGAUCACCUUUCUUUUUAAACCUUUGAAGAAUUCAAUUUUAACUUUUUCUGGAAUUACAUUAGGUGUUUUAAGACACUCUCCCCAGGCUCUUCUCACAUAAAGAUAACAUAACAAAACUCAGUCAUUGAAUGGUAACAUUGGCAAAAAUGAGUGCUGAAGGCUACCAAUAUAGAGCCUUGUAUGAGUAUAAAAAAGAACGGGAAGAAGAUAUUGACUUGCACGUGGGGGAUGUAUUAACUGUGAAUAAAGGGUCCUUAGUAGCACUUGGAUUCAGUGAAGGUGAAGAAGCAAAGCCUGAUGAAAUUGGUUGGCUGAGUGGCUUUAACGAAACAACAGGGGAAAGAGGGGACUUUCCAGGAACUUAUGUAGAAUAUAUUGGAAGGAAAAGAAUUUCACCUCCUACACCAAAGCCUCGUCCACCCCGACCCCUUCCUGUAGCUCCGGGCUCUUCAAAACUGGAAACAGAUAAUGAGCAACAAGGUUUUACACUUCUAGACCUCACAGAGCAGUUUUCCUCUUCUGCAGUUGCUCCACCAAUCCUUAUUAAAUUAGUGGAAGCUAUCGAAAAGAAAGGCCUGGAAUGUCCAACUUUGUACAGAUCCCAGAGCUCAAGCAGCUUAGCUGAACUCCGGCAGCUUCUUGAUUGUGAUGCCUCUUCAGUGGACUUUGAUGUCAUUGAUGUACAGUUCCUGUCAGACGCUUUCAAGAGAUAUCUCCUGGACCUGCCAAACCCUGUCAUUCCAGGGACAGUUUACAGUGAAAUGAUUUCUGUAGCACAAGAGCUACAGAGCACAGAAGAUUAUGUCCAGAUGCUAAAGAAGCUUAUGAGGACUCCUCACAUACCUCAUCAGCAUGCGCUCACGCUUCAGUAUUUGCUAAAACAUUUUUUCAAACUCUGCCAAGCCUCGAGCAAAAAUCUUUUGAACGCGAGAUCUCUCUCUGAAAUUUUCAGCCCUAUGCUUUUCAGAUUUCCCAUCACAGGCUCUGAUAAUGCCGAGCACCUCAUAAAAACAAUAGAAUUUUUGAUCUCAAGUGAAUGGAAUGAACGACAGCCUGCACCAGCACUGCCUCCUAAGCCACCCAAACCCACUACUGUAACAUCUAACAACGGCAUGAAUAACAAUAUGUCCUUACAAGAUGCUGAGUGGUACUGGGGAGACAUCUCAAGGGAAGAAGUAAAUGAAAAGCUGCGUGACACAGCAGAUGGUACCUUUUUGGUUCGAGAUGCAUCCACCAAAAUGCAUGGUGACUAUACUCUUACACUUAGGAAAGGAGGAAAUAACAAAUUAAUCAAAAUAUUUCACCGAGAUGGGAAAUAUGGCUUCUCUGACCCAUUGACUUUCAACUCUGUGGUUGAACUGAUAAACCACUACCGGAAUGAAUCUCUAGCUCAGUAUAAUCCCAAACUGGAUGUGAAAUUACUUUAUCCAGUAUCCAAGUACCAGCAGGAUCAGGUAGUAAAAGAAGAUAAUAUUGAAGCUGUAGGAAAGAAAUUACAUGAAUAUAACACUCAAUUCCAAGAAAAAAGCAGAGAAUAUGAUAGAUUAUAUGAAGAUUAUACCCGUACAUCUCAGGAAAUCCAAAUGAAAAGAACAGCAAUUGAAGCAUUUAAUGAAACAAUAAAGAUAUUUGAAGAACAGUGCCAAACCCAAGAACGGUACAGCAAAGAAUACAUAGAAAAGUUUAAACGUGAAGGAAAUGAAAAAGAAAUACAAAGGAUUAUGCAUAAUUAUGAAAAGUUAAAGUCUCGAAUCAGUGAAAUUGUGGAUAGUAGACGAAGGUUGGAGGAAGAUUUGAAGAAGCAGGCAGCUGAGUAUCGAGAGAUUGACAAACGGAUGAAUAGUAUUAAACCAGAUCUCAUUCAACUGAGGAAGACAAGGGACCAAUACUUGAUGUGGUUGACUCAAAAAGGUGUCCGACAAAAGAAGUUGAAUGAAUGGCUGGGCAACGAAAAUACAGAAGACCAAUAUUCAAUGGUGGAAGAUGACGAGGAUUUGCCGCACCACGAUGAGAGGACGUGGAAUGUGGGAAGCAGUAACCGGAGCAAGGCAGAAAACCUGCUGCGUGGCAAACGGGAUGGUACUUUCCUGGUCCGAGAGAGCAGCAAACAGGGUUGUUUUGCCUGCUCUGUAGUGGUGGAUGGUGAAGUAAAGCACUGUGUGAUAAAUAAGACGCCGACGGGGUAUGGAUUUGCAGAGCCAUAUAACUUGUACAACUCUCUGAAAGAACUGGUGCUACAUUACCAACACACUUCCCUCGUCCAGCACAAUGACUCUCUCAAUGUCACUCUAGCCUACCCAGUCAACGCCCAGCAGAGGCGAUGAAGAGCUCAUGCUGUCUCUUUACCUAAAGUUCCACAACGCCGAGGCCUCUGGAAAGCAAAGGGCUCCCCCUCUCAGCCUAACCUGUGAUUUUGAGCUGCAGAAACAAAGCUGUCUGUCUUCAGAUAGGACUAGAGCUUUCUUCGGGGGGAAAAAAGGAUACGGGGGGAGAAUACAGCCUUGUGCUGUGACCGUAAUGUUUUCCAAUCCAGAAUGAGGUUUUUUUUGGUUUUGUUUUGUUUUUUUAAUUUAAAAAACACGAAGAGGAAAAAAAAUGCUAAAUCUCUGCCUGCAGGGACAUAGAGGCCUUUAACUAACAUGGUGCUUGUUUACGCUUUCUGAAGCUUUACCAGCCUGACGUUUGGACUGUGUGGAUUGAGGGGCGGGCAGGGCUCAGCAGCCCUGCUGUGAGAAUCGAUCAGUCCAGCCUGGAUUGGAUUUUGGCAAGCCACUGUGCUCGGUGGACCCAGACUCACAGCGCUGUGGAUUAUUUCAUUUUUCUGAUGAAAUGAGUCGAUGAACGAAUAUGUAGCAGAAAGACACUUCCAUGUAUAAGGGACACUUUAAGAAAACUUUGGUUUCUUGCCUGUUCAGAGGAAUUGCUAUAGUAGCCAAGUGCCAGGAAGUGUUUUGUUUAGACUUUAAAACAAAACAAAAGAAAAAGAAAAAAGAAAACACCACCACCAACAAAAACCAUCCAGUUUGAAGAAAUCAAGCUUGGAGAAACAAGACUUUAAAUGAAAUACAGUAUAUAUAUAUAUGUGUGUAUAUAUAUAUGUGUGUAUAUAUAUAUAUAUAUAUAUAUAUACACACACACAUAUAUAUAAAUAUAUAAAAUAUGUACAUAAUAUUGGAUGACUAACUAUCGAAUAGAUGGCUCCUAUCAAAACCAAACAAGUUUCUCUUUUCUUUGUUUUGCUGAAGGCUAAAUCCUUAGUGCUAUGCAAUUCUUCCUUUUCAUUAAGCUGUAUUUCAGUUUUAAAUGUACCUUCAGAAUAAGCUCCCCCUCUUCCAGGUUUUGUUGCUUGAAAAUGUUGUUUCCCCUGAUUUUUUUUUAUUAAUAUUCAUUUUGUUAUUUUUUUUAAAAAGAAAUGUACAGGUUGCCAGUAAAAAUUGGCUUCAGAAUUAAAACUAUGAAGUAUUUUACAAUUUUCCUUGUACAGAAUACUUGGCUAUUAGCCCAAGGUUAAAAAGUUCAUGACAGAUUUUUGGACUAAAUGUUUUGUUGGGCAGUGCCUGAUAAGCUUCAAAGCUGCUUUAUUCAAUAAAAAAAAUAUGAAUAUUACAAAGUAUCAUUGAAGUCCAACAAUAUUGUUUUAAGACUCUCUUAAAAAUACGGUACCUGGCAAUGUUUAUUUGAAAGAACAUUGUAAGCUUUCUUGUAUUUGGUGGGGUGGGGUGGGGUGGGGUGGACAGGGGAAAGAUGGGAGAGAAGGGAAGGGUGGUUUGCACCUUCUUCCCUUAAUGAUUUCAGAGAACAAAUGAUGUAAUUUGUUUUAGUCUUUUCCAAACCCUUUUGAUUUAUUACUCAUAGCCAAUUAAGUGAUAUUCCAACCGACCACUGUAACCCUAAAACUUCACCCAGCUGGUCAGAUAUUUCAGUUUUUAGGAAGGAAGUUUCUUAAGUAUGGUUUUAUGUGAUUCAUAGAAAAAUACCUAAGUUUGUUUGGACACCUAUUUAUCGUCAACUGAAGGUGAGCCUUUGUGAUUUAGAAGAGUAUGAUUAUUGCAAAGUUAGGAUUCCCAUUUUCUAAAACAAUUAGAAGGAAAGGCAGGUUUUAAAAAGCAUUUUGACUAUGGCGGCACCAGGUAUAUUCCAGCUGACCAUUUUUUCGGGUAUAAAAACCAAAGAUGUGUCAUCAUCAUCACUCACACUCCAUCAGUGGUAUGACCAUUCCAGAAAUCUUGUCGCUGCCCUUUCCUGUUCAUCCAGGUAAUUGUGUCUUACUUGUAGGAAGGGAUAAGAAUAGUCUAGUAGAGUUAUUCUUCCAAUUUUAGGGUAGGCAAAGGUGUAUUUUCCUUAGUUUACAUAUGCAAAAUCUAUUCUGAUUAAUAGGAUUUGUAUAUAUGCUGAGAGGAAUAAAUCUUAGUAGAUUCUCUGGUCACUGUCCAAACUAAUUAACACAAGAGUCUGGAGACAUCAUUUUAACUUUGGAAGUGCUGUUAAAAGAUUGGUUUAAUUCAUCUACACUUCAUUUGCCUUUCCACUUCUGCUUCUGUGAAGAUUUUUUUAGUUGCUUUUGGAAACCAGCAAUUGACUUCAUUUUUUGCGGAAUGUUUUAUCUUUCUCAAACUGAAACCUUUUGCACAUAUAAGAUGAAAGUUCAUUCUUAUGUCCAGAAUUGUUGAUCCAAAAACUUAAAUGAAUUUUUCUGAGCUGCACAAAACUAUUUAUCAUCUCUCCCUCUCCUCCAGACAGAUCAGAAUUCAUCUGGACUAAAUUCUUUAACAAUGUUUACUUUAUGACCAGUUUUGGGGAGAUAGGGUUGGGUAAGGUCUCAUAUGGCACAGAAGUAUAACAAUUAGUGCAUAGUAGUUAAACUAGCUUUCAUUGCAACCUGGAUAUAGCAAGUGAAAUUUCAUGUUGUUUCAAGAAAUAAGACAGAUCAGAGAUGAAUUACAUUCCGUAGGCAAACACACAUAAACAAAAUUGCUGUUUUUACUUAUAAGAAUUUUUCUCAAUGUGAUAACAAUAUAAAUGUUGGUAUUCCAAAAUUUGCUUUCCUUGUAGCUAACAAGCACAUUUGCAGAAGUUUUUAUUAUCAUAUUAAAUAAUGAGGCAGAAUUCAUAGUAACACAUCAUAGCAAGUUAUGCCAUAUAUAAGGCAUUGCAGCUCUGCCAAAUGCCUCUGUGUUUGCUGAAUAGCAUGCCCAUCAUAGUUGUACUUCCAGACAUUUCACCAGCAUUCUGUGAUGUCCUUUCAGUUAAAUCCAACAGUCAGUGCUAACAAAAUACAAAUUGAAGCUUCCUGUAGACAUUAGUUGACAAUACAUAUAUUAGAGCUAUUUCUGAGAACUGUUUUAUCCACCUAAUUUUUCCCAUUCAUGUGAGAUCCCUAAAAAGAAAAGCUAAAAACUAAGGUACAAAGAUGCUACAGCGGGGGCUGUAGGAAUGGAAACAUUGGUCCUCAUUCUCAUUACACCGGAAGGAAGGAGAGAGGUCAUAAGUACAUGUAAAAACAAAAAAAGCAUGUUUUAGAAAUCAUCUUACAACUUAGACUUGAGACCCAUAUAUAUAUAUAUAUAUAUGUGUAUAUACAUAUAUACACAUAUAUAUAUAUAUAUAUAUGAAGUUAUAUAGAUAUAUAUUCACAUAUGUGCAUGGACUGUGUUUUCAGUGCACCUUUCAGCAAAAAACAUACACAAUCAUUUCGUUCAUUAAAGCACAUAACCAUCCAAACUUCUAAGAACAAUUUUUUGUGUAUGUGUGUGUUUUCUAAAGGUUGUGUUAGUUUUGUUUUACAAUGGUGAAAAUUGUUCGCAAGUGAAAUGAGAAGUACAGUAAUUCUCAGGCUUUUUUUUUUUCCCUUUUGAAGAAAAAACUCCUUGCAGGCUGGUCUGGAUGACUCGCAACUGAGAAAUCCUUGUCCAAGUGUGUAGAGUCAAAAUGUGUCAUUGUGAGCUGUUGCUGUGGGGAAUCAGUGGCUUUGUUUUGUAGCUGGUUAUGAGUUAUUGUGCUUGGGAUGUCCUACUGAUGUCCCUCCUUGGGAGGGACUCAUUGCUGGUUGUAACAACUGUGCUUUUGUUAUGCAUGGUAUCCAAGUCAGUUAGGAAGUAGACCCUGGUAGCUGUGUAGGUUUGGGGUCAUUUAAGAGAGGGGCAGUUCGAAGCACAAUGCCUCCCAUGGGACAAAGUUCCAAAAUGCCAAAUUUUUCUCAAGAUAAGACCUCCAACUGUUGGGGGUGGGGAUGGAGUUGCUGUCCGAGGUGAAGGUGGGGUUAGGGUCAAUUGGAAAGAGUAUCCACGUUACUGUUACAUUUGUCACCAUGAGAGAGAGCUUUAGCUGCCCAGGAUGCUGCUAUUUAAUUUUUAAAAAAAAAUUAAAAUUCAUUUUCUUGUUACUUUGUUUAAAAAGCUUUGUUCAAUGUUUUUACAAAAAAAAUAUAUUGUUAAAAUAAAGUUGGUCUUUGACGAGAGGGAGGAUGUGGUGGUCAGCUGUAAUUUUGCCUUUACAAGGCGAUGGAGGGGGGUGCUGGGGAAGUGUACCUCCUUGAAAUUUUGUUCAAGCUCUAGAUUUGAUGGCUCUGUGUCUUGUUUUAAGUUGCUUUUGACGCAUUGUAUUAGGUCUUCAAAAAGAAUAAAAGUUGUUUUGAAACUUAA